AGCGGUGGCCCUUACAUCAAGGGUUUGGUGGGUGAAGAUCUUGGGAGCUGGGGCGUUGCUAUAUUUGUGGGCCCUGCACCUUUGCAUUCUCUUGCCCAACAAGUCGAAUCGCUUGGAGCUCCAGCAGAGCUACCUGCCGAUCCUGAGCUUGAAGGCACCUGGGAAAGCCCAUGAACACAGCAACUGCAAGAAAAUGCUGAUAGUCUUUUACAAGCAAUCGACCCCUGCACGCCGGUGGGCCAUGCUGGUGGAGGAUUUCCCUCAAGGACUUAAACAGCCUGUGCUGUUUCUGUUGCAGAUGGACUCAAGCCGUACAUCCUGAUGGUGAACAUCGCUGUGCCGGCUGUGCGCCUUAGGCAAUUGCAUUGGCCUGCCACUAUAGAAUUGCCUGGAACGUCAGGGAGUGGAUGCUACAAGAAGCUAUGGAUGCUUUUGCAAACGGAAAAGAAGAGCUGUCCGAGGAGUUCACAGCGGCGCAUGAGUUCGUCUUCAGGCGCAGUCUGAGGAGAACCUGUGGGAGGAGGUGGACGACCAACAGUGGAUUGGGGCCACGGAGCAGGUGAUGAAGGACAUAGGGGAGCGGGAGAGGCAACUGGCAGAGGGAGUUGUUUUUGCGCCUUCUGAGUUGCUUGCAGCGGCUCACCCGGCAUUUUUCACAUUGCUUCGUAUAAUGCUGUUACACAGACGAGGUGACGAUGUUGAUGGCCUUUCCUGGGACGAUGUGGCAGUGGAGGAAAGAUUGUUAUUUCUCCUUGUGCAGGAUCCCAAUGCCAUGAAUGGACUUGUCAAGCUUUGGACGCAUCACACUUUCAAAGUAUGUGGCAGUGAAACUGAAGCUCGUGGCAGCGGAGUCGGUGAUGCUGGGUGCCGAGCACUGGCCCUUGGAAUCGCCCAGAUGCACCACCUCACGAAGUUGGAACUGGAGUUGGAUUGCAAUCGGAUCAGCAAGGAUGGGUGCAUUGCCUUGGCUGAUGGCAUCUCCAAUCUCCGGCAAAUGACCCACCUGAUCCUGAGCUUGAAGGAGAAUGAGAUUGGCUCCGAUGGAUGCACUACUUUGGCCAAAGCGAUCUCGAAACUGCACAUCACCCAGCUGACGCUGUUCCUGAAAAAGAACAACAUUGGCAAGGCUGGCUUCCGAGCUUUGGCCGAUGGCCUUUGCCAACUCCAGGGGGUCACCCAGCUGAGACUGGGCUUAGAAGAAAACGAGGACCCAGGUGAAGCUGCCAAGCUCAAGGGUCGGCUCAAAGCGCGGUUCCCCAGUGCCGAGAUUGAUGUGGACAUUUCUGGGUGACCGUUGCCUUGAUCCUUUCGCAGUUUGGCGUGGAAGGUCGUGGGCAGGUUGAUGACAUGGCCGGCAGCUCUGCAUCUCCUCAAUGGAAUGGCAGAGCCAUGCAUCACAAUUCAGCGGUUCAGCGAGUUCACCAAGGUUGCUGAGGAGCGAAAAUGACUCAACAGAGCCAAACUUGGCCUCCGAACCUUCGCUGGGCCAAGACGCGCUUCUCGCCGCCCAGAGUUGCGCACGCCUUGCCUUCUUGCAAGACUCAAGAGGAGG